AGGUGUUGGCGGUAAAGGAUAAAGAGUCUUUGUCGGUGACAAAAAUAUUUUAACCUUAAAUAUUUUAAUUGGAAUUUGCAUUUAAUAAAUCAGAGAAGCGACGCGAGUGAGUUUUUUUUUUUUUACUUAGCGGAAUAUUAGUAGCCUACACAGUGACGUUGACGUCACAUGUAAGCCUGGGUAAGAUGGCGGCCGCGGCAAUUUUAGCAGAGCUCAAAUUCCCGGACGGACGCGCUCAAAAAGUCCAAACAGUCAAUGUUCCGGUGGAGGGGACGCUCCCGUCUUUAAUGGAAGGUCUUCACAAAGUGAGCGAGAAGGUCUCGCUCCUUCUUAACGAGCUAGUGGCAAUGGAAAGGCUCGCCGGAGAUGGCGGCGAGCUCGAUGACGAAGAAGAUGGAGAAGACGAUGCCGACAGCAGUGACGGCGAGACAGAAGAGCAAGUCCACCAGUUACCGCCGCCUGUUAAAAAAGCCAAAACGUGAAAGUCCAGUGCCCAAUCAUUCUUUUUGCUUUUUGUAUCUAUUUUCUAGCUAAUAAAUUACCACGCUUCAACAUCUUCCCC